GAUAGAUUCAUCGGUGAAGCUUCAUAACCAGGUCCAAGAAAUGAGCGAGAGCGAGCUUUCGAGCGCUGUGACGAGUGCGCUAUUGAAACUCUACCAACGACACAAUGUGCCUAUGGUUUCGCAACCUAUAGUAGGAGUUGGGGAUAAUGCCUACGGACAGGUCCUUCGAGUGAGUUGGCCAACGAUUCCAGAAGCAGCCAAUGUGGUGGUCAAAAUGGCACCGAAAAAUGAGGCACGAAGAUCACACAUGCACGUUGUGGACUACUAUGCACGAGAGGUAUUCAUGUACCAGGAGGUAUUCCCCAUUUUCCGGGAGUUAUCUCCAGAUCGGAGUACGUACACCGUUGCGCCGGCGCUCCAUGCCAACGGCUUAACGGCUCCCCAUGAAUUCUUGAUUUUCGAGGAUCUAUCUGGAAGGGAUUUCCGUCCAAAUUCCCGCAGCACUAUGCCAACCUACGACAUCGUAAUCUGCUCGCUAAAAGCUUUGGCGGAGCUACAUGCUUGCUCUUUUAUCCUGCAGCAAAGAAAUCCAGCAAAGUUUAAGGAGUUGGUGAACUUCGUAAAGAAGGAUAACUUAUUUACACCAGAUAUCGAGGAGGUCACCAUUGAGUUUGGAAAGGCUCAGUUGCGAAAGGCAAGGAAUAUUCUGAAUGAAUCCGAUGGUGAACAAGUGGCUGCCCUCAAGGAAGUCCUAGAAAGCUGUGAAAAAAACCUAAAAUCCUUGGCUCUUUACUGUGUAGAAGGAAAAUCACAGGCACCAUAUAAGGUCAUCUGUCAUGGCGACUUUUGGAAUAACAAUAUUCUUUACAGGCAUGAGCCUAAUUUUGAUCAACCCGUGGAGGCUAAGCUCAUCGAUUUCCAGAUGUCCCGCUAUGCACCGCCGGUACUAGAUAUAAUCCAUUACCUCUUUGCUUGUACGGAGAAAAAAUUGCGAGAUGAUCAUUUUUCUACCUUUAUGGAUACUUACUACGACACCCUGGACCAGAAAUUGGCGACUUGUGAUCUUUGCCUUGGGGAGAUAUAUCCUCGAAGCGUUUUCAACCGACAAUUGCAGCUUUUCGGAGUUUAUGGCUUAAUCAUGGGCGCAUUUUCCCUGCCCUUUUUCAUUUCCAAUGCCAAUGAGGUAAUAGAUAUCGACACUGUAUCUGAAGCCAUCCAAGAUCUUACCACAUCAUCCGACGAAACAAAGUAUAAGGAACUGAUCGAGGAAUACGAUAUGCUCAACGCACGCACAUUGCCAAUCUUUAAACGCCGAAUUACAGGUAUCGUAAAGGAUAUUAUCAAGUACAACAUGACAGAGCCGCUUUUUAAAAUGGACUCCCAAUCAGUAUUAUAAAAUCCAAAAACCCACAACAAUUUCCAAACAAGAUAUGGAUGUAAAUAUUUUAAGCUCUAUGCAAGGCAAAAUAUAUGCCAAUAUAUAUA